AGGAGGAGGAGGAGGAGGAGGGAGGGGGCGGGAGAGAUUAGUUUGGGAAGUAGCACGGAUUGCUCAUCCGAUCCGUGCAGCCGCAGCUAGUGUGUCAAGUUACAGAGGCGCCGGAAUCGGCCCCAGCGCUCCUCGCCAGCCGCCACGACCCACCUCUGCCCAUGGGGCCCUCCAUGUGCGCCCCUUCGCCCGGGGACUGAAACUGGCUGGCCCGGGAGACAAGAGGCUCCCAGAAGGACUGACAGCGCGGCACCAACUGCUCUGCAGACACUUGAAGGGAAAGACGGGGCGGAGAGAAGGAGAGCCGGUCAGAUUCCCCUAACUUUCCUGGACUUGGAACGUUCUUCGAAAUAACUUUUUUUCUCACCUAGGUGUGCCCCCAAUUACCGCUGGUUGUGCUUUUUCGGCACUUCCCCUCUUACUGCUAAUUUUUCCGUCCUUUUUGCCGGGAGCAACGGAAAGGGACGUUUUCCAGCGAUACAAGCCCUUUCUCCCUGCCCCGCAGUUUGGAUCGAGCCUUUUGGCAGCGGCUCUCGCCUGUAUUUAUUCUAUUUAUUUAUUUAUUGGUUCUCAAGACGUGAGAGGAUGGUAGCGGAGCACACCCUCAAAGCGGCAGCCGCCGGUGCCCGCGGCCCUGGGGAGCUGGGCGCGCCCGGGACGGUGGCUCUGGCGAUGGCGCGGGCGGAGCGCGGCGCGCGGCUGCCGAGCCCGGGGUCCUGCGGGCUGCUGGCGCUGGCCCUCUGCUCGCUGGCCCUCAGCCUGCUCGCCCACUUUCGGACGGCCGAGCUGCAGGCCCGGGUGCUGCGCCUGGAAGCCGAGCGCGGGGAGCAGCAAAUGGAGACGGCUAUUUUGGGACGAGUCAACCAACUGCUGGAAGAGAAAUGGAAGCUCCACUCAAGGAGGCGCCGGGAGGCCCCAAAGACAUCUCCAGGAUGUAACUGCCCACCAGGACCUCCUGGUCCCACUGGAAGGCCUGGACUCCCAGGGGACAAAGGUGCCAUUGGGAUGCCUGGACGUGUGGGAGUAAAGGGUCAACCAGGCGAGAAGGGGUCCCCCGGAGACGCUGGGCUGUCCAUCAUUGGUCCCCGCGGCCCACCUGGUCAACCAGGCACUCGAGGUUUUCCUGGAUUUCCGGGUCCCAUUGGGCUGGACGGCAAACCGGGCCACCCGGGACCAAAGGGGGAGAUGGGUCUGACAGGUCCCCCAGGACAGCCGGGACCUCAGGGACAAAAAGGAGAAAAGGGUCAGUGUGGAGAGUACCCACACCGGCUGCUGCCUCUCCUCAAUUCAGUGCGACUGGCUCCACCCCCGGUCAUAAAAAGGCGGACGUUCCAGGGUGAACAGAGCCAGGCCAGCAUCCAAGGUCCACCAGGGCCCCCAGGGCCCCCUGGACCAAGUGGACCUCUGGGGCACCCAGGACUGCCAGGGCCCAUGGGGCCACCGGGCUUACCUGGGCCUCCUGGACCAAAGGGAGAUCCAGGGAUCCAGGGCUACCACGGCCGGAAGGGAGAACGGGGCAUGCCAGGGAUGCCAGGCAAGCAUGGAGCCAAGGGGACUCCCGGAAUUGCUGUGGCUGGGAUGAAGGGUGAGCCAGGGAUCCCAGGAACCAAGGGAGACCCAGGAGCAGAAGGGAAGCCGGGGCCCCCAGGUUUGCUGGGAAAAAGGGGGCAGAGGGGUGAGAAGGGGGCUGCAGGCUCCCCUGGGCUUCCUGGCCUCUUGGGGCAGAAGGGAGAGAAAGGCGAUGCUGGCAACUCCAUUGGAGGAGGCAGAGGGGAACCUGGCCCUCCAGGGCUCCCUGGGCCCCCAGGGCCCCCAGGGCCAAAGGGAGAAGCAGGUGUCGAUGGCCAGGUUGGCCCCCCAGGGCAGCAAGGAGACAAGGGGGAGCCUGGAGAACCGGGAGCAGCUGGCCCCAAGGGCUCCAAGGGAGAACCAGGAAAAGGAGAGAUGGUGGAUUACAAUGGAAACAUCAAUGAGGCUCUCCAGGAGAUCCGGACGCUGGCCUUGAUGGGGCCUCCUGGUCUUCCUGGGCAAAUCGGCCCACCUGGAGCUCCAGGGAUUCCAGGCCAGAAGGGGGAGAUUGGACUGCCAGGCCCUCCAGGACACGAUGGGGAAAAGGGACCUCGCGGUAAACCAGGAGACAUGGGCCCUCCUGGUCCCCAAGGCCCCCCAGGAAAAGAUGGACCUCCAGGAAUGAAGGGAGAAAACGGGAACCCAGGGAGCCCAGGAGAGAAGGGGGAGAAAGGGGAGACAGGACAAGCAGGCUUGCCGGUUCCUGGGCCGCCAGGGCCAGAGGGGCCCCCCGGACCUCCGGGGCUUCAAGGUGUUCCUGGACCAAAGGGGGAAGCAGGACUAGAUGGAGCAAAAGGAGAGAAAGGCAUCCAGGGAGAAAAAGGAGACCGUGGUCCCCUGGGACUACCCGGAGCUUCAGGUUUGGACGGCAGGCCUGGGCCACCGGGUACUCCAGGACCAAUUGGAGUUCCAGGCCCAGCGGGACCAAAGGGCGAGAGGGGCAGCAAAGGAGACCCUGGGAUGACAGGACCAACGGGAGCAGCUGGGCUUCCUGGUUUACAUGGACCACCUGGGGACAAGGGAAACCGGGGACAUCGAGGUUUUAAAGGAGAGAAAGGGGAGCCGGGGUUACCAGGGCUGGACGGACUGGAUGCCCCGUGCCCAUUGGUAUGGCAUCGCUCUUGCUUGCCUGCAUGGCCAGUUUGGGCUUCCCCACGUGUGUGAUUCAUACCGCGUGCUUCCCCAGCCACCGUCCACACUCCUUUCCAUCCUCCCCAUCUCCACGUCCCACUUCUUCACUCUGUAGACACCAAGGGUCACCCCACCUUGGCUGGUACUCUGGGGGCUCCCAGCCAUGCCACCCUCCUGCAUGCGAAGUUUACCCGGAUGUUUCCUGGCUUCCUGCGGCAGCUACUUCUAAUGCACAUCCACCUGAUGUGAGCCAGCCCUCCCACCCUGAAGCUGGCUUUGGCUGCCUCUGAUCCUCAUCUCCAAACUGAUUAUAGACAAAGCUGCUAGAUACUCCAGCUAGGAAAGUGGGUUCUUUGGACUAGUUCUCAGAACCAUGACUUCUUUUCCUUGAGGCAGUGCAGUUAGUUCAGAAUGCACUGGCUGAACAUCUAGCAAAAUGUGUGAAUGAGACGCCUGAGUCAGCCGUGUAUCCCCUGCCUCCUCCAUCGCAUGAUUUGAGGGACAGAAGGGCAAGAUUACCAACAGAAGAUACUGAGAAGCUCUAGAAUUGAGGUGGAGGAGGAGCCACCUGCCUGUUCUUCCAGGUUUGGUCAUAGGUCACUGCCCAGGUGACACCAUCAGAACUAGGGGAUGGUCCAAUGGUCCAGGAUUAGGUUUUCAGAUCCUAAAGCGUUUGUUCUUUUUGCUUAAAUCUCCAAAGACAGUACCAGACCCUUCCUUGUCCCUUUCUUUCAUGGUCAGAUGGCUUCUUACUGAAGAGUCUGGGAGAGAUGGAAAGGUUGAGAAUAUAGUUCAGGAGGAGGAAGGGAGACAGCUAAGGACCCCUCUUCCAAGCACGUCCCAGGCUAAGUGGUAGCAGUUCAUUCCUGCCUGCCUGGUCCCUCUCUGGCAUGGACAGUCUAAGCCUCCAUGCUGAUCCUCUUACUGCAGAAGAAGCAGAAGGGAGCACUUUAUUGCUCUCCCCAGAUUUCCCCGAUAGGUUUGGAGUUCAAGAGUUAUUUUAUCAUACCAGUAAUAAAUGAGAAUUUGGGGCCUCACAUCCCCACCCUGGGGUCACACAGGAAUUCUCUUUGACAAAAGAGGAAAAGAUAUAAGGAAUUAUGCUGUGUGACCCUGAGAGGUGGUUGUAGAGCACCUUGAAUGGCGUUAGGGACUUUUUAGGAGGAGCAUAUGCAAGAAAAGUAGAGUGCAGAGCAAGCAGGCAGGUCGCAUGCUUCCUGUCCCUGACGGUCCUGCCAAACCCCAUGCACACAGCCGGCACGGGCACCUUUCCGACCCAGACUUCUUGAAUGCAGCCUGUACAUGCACCUUUCCCAUUCGAGACUUCCCGCAUGCAGCCGGCACGGGCACCAUUCUCAACCGGGACUUUCUGGUCCCAUCCAAGCACCUCCCUUGAGCACCAGCCAGGUCUUCCCUCAGCCACAAUCUCCUCCCACAAUCCAGGCACCUUUAGUUCUGCCAGCAGCUGCCUUGGCCUCUCUGCUCCUCACCAUACAUUACUUUUCAUUCUCUGCCUGCCCUGUCCUCCAUACCCGCUGCCACCAUCCACGUGCCAGUGGGAAUGCCGCUCAGGCCUGCAGAGGUUCCUCUCCCUCCCAGCAUCCAUGUGAUGUGUGUCGCACCACACCAUGGCAGGCUGGGGAAGGGACACAGGGUCACCCUGAAACUGUGCAAUGCACAACCUCCCCCUGCAAUUCCCUCUCCAACCCAGAGGGGAAAAUGAAGGUCACCCUGAUUUGACUCUCCAUGUAAAAUGGCAUUUUCUUCCGUAACAACCCAUAUCAAUAUGUCAUUUUUCUAUUACUGUUACUGGAGAAGAGUCUUCCCCCUGUUGUUUCUCACUCUGCCUCCUCCUCUGUGUUAUUAUGGACUCGGGGGACGGGGGAAGCUAUUGAUGGUCAUUUUUACUACAAGACAACCAGACUUCCUAGGCUCUCCAUAUUGGGACCAAUUCCUGCUGAAUGCCAGGUGAUGAGUGUUUUUAGCUCCUGGGGUGGGUGGAUGAUGUUAGACCAGGACAGCAGGGGACUCCCAUUCCACACGCUCCCUCAGGACUGAGCACUUGCUCCAGUCUUCUGGAGCCCCGUGGCCAUCUCCUUGUCUGCCCUGCCUGUCUAGCAGACUUUGACUGAGAACCAGAUCUUUGCCCUUGGCCCAGCCUCGCCUUCUCCACCUGGUCUCUAGAUUUCUAGAUCCCCCAAAAGGAAUGCCAGUGAGGAGGGGAGAUGAGGGCCUAAGAAGACUCAGGAAGGUUUCUAUCACUGAGGGCAGAACAUGAACAUCUCAAGGCUAAAUGGGCUGCAUGGUUGUUACCAACACAGGAGACUGACAGUGUGCAGUUGAUUCCUGCACUGCACCCCCAAAUUCCCAGCAAAGGCUAAGACUUUGCCAGGAACCAUUGAUUUCUUGCCGAAGGCAUCUCAGGGCUGCGCUGCAAUACCCAUGAGGCUGCCUGUCCCUUCAUGCCCCUCAACCCACCCCAGGGUUGAUCAUCAAAGAGGGACUGUCUGCAUAUCCUCCUCCCUCUGCUUAGGAAGAGAGACAGAUAAGAGAAUCAGAGGGCUGGGAGGACCCUUAGAGGUCACUUCAAGCAACUGCCCUUGCCCAGGUUUUAUGGAGGAGGAAACCGAGGCCCCCUCAUGCUGAGUGGCUUGCCCGUGAGCAGCCAGCACUCCACAGGGCCAGCGCAGAGACUGUUCCUUCGUGGCACACAAGGACAUCUCUGCUUGCUGGCCCCGCAGGCAAGGACAGCCCCUAUUGGCCUUGCACUGUGGCUGCAUGUGACCUUAGCCAACGGGAAAACAGCCAGAUUUGUUUCCACCUCCUUCUGAGGUUCUGACCUGGAGUAGAGAAAAAAAAUAGACAAGAGUGUGUGGGCCACAUCCUGAUCAGCUGCCACAAUGUGUGUGGCCCCUGUUACCCCUGUCCUGGACUGUCACAGGUAGUCUGAGCCCUCUGCCUUCCUUCCUCC